UCUUCACAUCCGUCACGUGGACAUGUUAUUCUUCUGGCCAAUAAAGAUAGAACGUGUGAGACCUUUUGACUUUGAAUAAAACGAAAUGUCUUCUAGGCACUGACUCCUAUGAUUUUCCGUUUGGGCGGUGAAUGUCUUGUACUGACGCUAAAGGUGCACACGGAAAGGCCCGAGUUUGUGGCGAAGUUUGAUGACAGUGGAAACGGAACGUUACCUUGACAUCCGUUGACAUCCUGCCUUUCUUCCCAUUUUUUUUGUCAUCUUCUGAGCAACUCUCGUUUCUCGUAUACAGUUACAGGUGUGUCGUUAUUUUUAAGUUUCUGAGCACUUCUUUACAUCUGAUCCAACAGCCACGUUCAUAACGAUCUUCCAUAUCAAAAGCUUAUAUCCGCAAGACAAAGGGUUGGUGCUUAUGUUAUAAGGUGUGAGGACGGGGACAGUCAAAGGCACCCAAUACUUCAGCUCAUAACACUCUUUAUUCUGGCCAUAGAACCCUCGCUCUUGGGAUUCUAGUUAUCUCACGGUACUUCUAUUCCGUCUAUCCGACUCAUAUCGCCUUCAAUGGGUAGCCUGGCUGAGGCAUCUACCCUGCCCUUCUGGCAAGUCAAUGUCCCUCCGGAGGAACGGGAGGAAGAAUGCCCUCCAUUCUUACUGAACGCGCGUGGCAAGGAUCUAGAGAUCCUUGGCACCUCGGAGUAUCAACGCAUGACUUGGCCUGAGCUACAAGGACAUAUAUCCCAGAAUCGUCUCGACGUCCUCCAACGCACGCCUAUCGAGCUCCGGCGAUACUUUGCUUUCAAUUAUGAGAUUAAGAUGAAGUACGGCAGCGUCAUGAACUUUGUGCUGGGGGAGAAGCUGCAUUGGACACACUCCAUUGUGACAGAUGGAAAGCCGUUCGAGAAGGACUCGGAUCUGUCUAUCAAGUGGAAUGAUUGGCCGUAUGGCAUCGAUGAACGCAUUUCUCAUCUUGUUGUGUGGACGAAGUUUUCAUUAGAAGAAGAUCCCAAGAUGGGGGGGGAUCUGACGGAUAGACAGAGGAAGCAAAUCGAUGAUUACGUUGAGAAGACGUUUAGAGUUCAUUGUGGAAACGAUAAUGUUAUAUGGUUUAGAAACUGGGCUAGCCUUAAAAGCGUGCACUCCGUGGAGCAUUUCCAUGUCAUGCUAUUCAAUGCAGACCAGAUGUUCCUGGACAGGAUCACAGACGGAGAUGUGCCAAUAUCACAGACGGUCUAAUGGCCUCGAAGAGAGCGAUCGCGAAAGAUAAUGUGUUUAAUCAUAGAUGAUGUGCAUAGAUUGGCAUUGGGAUGGAUGCCGAAAGAGCAAUAGAUUAGACUCCUUCGCUAUGGAUGAUGGAAGCAACUUU